GAUUAUGGGUAUCCUUGAUCGGAACCGGUACACAUAAAACCCGUUCCGACGGGAUCCAUUGCCACUCCUGCUAACAAGCAAUUAACAAGAAAUCCGUUAGCAAAUGGAUGCAAUGGUUUGAAGACAAUUAUAGAAAACUAAGGGACUGGUUUGGAAGGUAAGGAAAGUAAAGGGGUGCUAAAGUCUAAAGCAGAAAGUCAGGUACCCAAAAUACAAAGACAAAAUAAGAAUUAGGGGCUUAGGGUUUUGUAUCCUCUCCCUCUCUCCCUCUCCCUCUCCCUGUUUGUAUUGGCAAAGCGAAACUGAAUACCGUAAAACAAUGCCGCGAACUACGACAUUAGAGUGUCCUGGUUGCCCUCCACUUCGAGCUCUAACUUUUGACUCACUUGGUCUCAUCAAAGUGAUUGAGUCUCGUGGUGAAAGAGGAAUACCUCAGGUUGUUGAAAGAUGGGGUGAUCCUGAUUCCUCCAAAUGCGUGCUUGCUGCUUCCAUUGAUGACCGUAAAAAAGACCCUUUAUUGGCUGUUGCAAGGAAAAAUGGAGAGGUUGAAGUACUCAACCCUCUUAACGGGGAUAUUCGUGUUGUGUUUUCUAAUGUUGUCGAGGAUGGUGUUCAACCUGAAGAUGAUGCUAUUGCUGGUUUGCAUCUAUUCAAGAGAAAGAGAUCAACUGGAUCAUGUGCUUUGCUUACAUGUACAACCAAGGGAAAUGCAAGCAUGAGGUCCAUUGGAGUUGAUAAAUCGAUGGCUGAUGUGGCCAAUAUCAGUGUAACAAAGACGUGGAAAGUUUGUGGUUCUGGCAAUGUCUUAUGUUCUAAAGUGGAUGGAAGUGAAAAUUAUGCUGUGUUUGGAGGGAAAGGUGUUGAAGUUAAUCUAUGGGACCUUGAGAGUUCUACUAAGAUUUGGACUGCAAAACCCCCUCCUAAAAAUAGCCUUGGAAUAUUCACCCCAACUUGGUUUACAUGCACAACAUUCCUGAGCAAUGAUGAUCACCGUAAAUUUGCAGCUGGCACCAAUAUUCAUCAGGUCCGUUUAUAUGAUAUCUCUGCUCAGCGCAGACCUGUCCUGUCAUUUGAUUUCAGAGAGACUGCUAUUAAGGCAGUCACUGAAGAUCAAGAUGGCCAUACGAUUUAUAUAGGAAAUGGGUCUGGUGACCUUGCUUCCUUCGACAUGCGAACAGGGCAAUUAUUAGGAUGCUUUAUAGGGAAGUGUUCUGGAAGUAUUAGAUCCAUGGCUAGGCAUCCAGAGCUCCCUGUGAUAGCAUCAUGUGGUUUGGAUAGCUAUUUGAGGUUGUGGGAUAUAAAGACUCGUCAACUUCUUUCUGCGGUUUUCCUGAAGCAGCACCUCGCAAAUGUUGUUUUUGAUUCCAAUUUUGUUGACAAAGAAAUUGCGGCUACAACACAGAAUGUGGACGGGAUCCAAACUACUGAGAUACAAACUGAAGUUGAGAUUGGAACAUUGCCUGUGAAAAGAAAGAAAGCAUCCAAAGAAAAAAGGGAGAAAAAGAAGAAAAAUGAAGAACAUGAAGAUAGCACGGUGACGAAAUCCAAGAAAAAAGGCCGGAAGCACAAAAGGGAGAAUUGCGAUGACGCCUGAGAUUAGCUCGGUAAAGAGAUGGGAUUACGCGUUGCCAUUUAGAAGACAGCAGCAUCAUAUGGCCGCUGCUGCCUGGCAUCUUGCGAGUUCACCAAGUAGAGACGUUAUUGUAAUGAGAUCAUCUCUGAGACUGAGGCAAAACAAGGCCGCCAUAGUUCUUUGCAAAAGACCUUUGUUUUACAAGGAAUUCUCAAUGCGACGCAAAACGAAGCUCUUUAUUCGCCUUGUAGAGAAUUCAUUAUGAUUAAUCAAUUUUGCCCCGUGAUUUUACUUCGUAA